UUUGUUUGUCGGUAGGCCUAUACAGUACAGUUCAUUAGCCUGAUAUAGCAUAUAGACAAUCCUAAUAAUGUUUUGUCAAUUGUUUUAUUUUGUAUUUGUAUUAACCAUUUAAAACAGAUAUUUUAAAAUUAGCUGACGAUAAGUAAAAAAUGUGUUGUAAAUACCUGCAUUGUGUCAUUUUGUUGAACACAUUGGCUGCGUAAUGUUGUGUCAUUCAAAAGCCAUGUAAAAGGUUCUUACCUAGACUGUAGGUCAAUUUAUCAUAUGCUGAAAAUUAUUAUAUUUGAUUUUAGUUCGUUUUGAAACUUGAAAAUAACCAAUGCGUUUCAAAAAUAUCGUUAUAUCUAACGAUUUCCCAAAGACAUAAUAAAAGUCAGACUUCAAAACUUCGUUAAAUUCCCAGCAAGCAGCUGAUUUAUUCUCUUUAAUGUAUUUCAAAAAUAUUCCCUCAUAACAGUUGAACACGUCAGAUUCUGGAACGUGGACUUUAUUGACACCGGAAAUAGCCCGUAUUUUGCUCCUGGUGUGGUGGUCACGUGAUGGACGCUCUCCCUAGAGGGCACUUCCGGUAACGUUUCCUGUGUUUGUAAACUGAAAAAUUUGCAAGUGCGACAAGAAAAUAUUGCAGUAUUAUAAAAGAGGAAGGCUUGGGCCCCCUGAUGAUUGGGGCUUGUGUGGUCUCUAAACAUUGUUCCAGCCCAGAGCGAAGUUCUCUGUCCCCCAAAACACACACACACUUUCGCCACUGCGAUGUCACAUCUUUCCAACAGCUCAGUGCGAGAUCACAUGAAAUGGGCUGGGUUGCUGGGCUGUGAAGCGGUGCUGUCCAGCAUGGCGCUCAUGCAGGCCGGCUCCAUGCCCAAUAACAGGAAGAUGAGCUCUCAUCUGGGCCAUGGACAGAGAGAAAACAAUCACAGUCACAAUCACAACAACAAUCACAACCAUAAUCAGGACACCCAGAACCAACAUGGCCACAUGGUGCUACCUUCAGGAAUCAGCUGCCCACCACUGCUCAUCCGCAAGGACGGGGAAUUUCACUCGUCCCGGCUCUUGGAUGAAAAAGACAUGCAGGCCAGCCAAAACGUCCAGCCAAAGAAGAAGAACAGGAAGUCAGGGCUUCCCUCCAAAAUGAGAGAAAAACCCCAGAUGGAGAUGCCUGAUGUUAACGACGAUAUCUCGCUCAGCUCUCAAGUGCAAAAGAACUUUAUCUGUGAGCACUGCUACAGCGCCUUCCGCAGCAGCUACCAUCUGAAACGACACAUUCUUACCCAUACGGGAGAGAAGCCAUUUGGAUGUGAUAUGUGUGACAUGAGGUUUAUACAGCGUUAUCACCUGGAGAGACACAAGCGGGUUCACAGCGGCGAGAAGCCUUAUCAGUGCGACCGAUGCCAACAGAACUUUUCCAGAACCGACCGGUUACUACGUCAUCGGCGUUUGUGUGCCGUGGGGGUCCCAAAAGAGGAGAACCAGCCGUGCUGCGAGAGACGGCCGUAUUCUCAGGACCCCUCCCAGCACACGGCUUCUUGGAGCCCACUGCAGACAAACAACAGCAGGUUGGCGGUGUGAAGACCCUCUGAACGCUCGUACAACAAACAAAAUGGACUCGCUGCGGCCAACAUGCAGUUUGGCACCAGAACUGACUUGAGCUUUUAAACUCGAAUGAAUCAACAAGAGUGAAAUCUUUUAUACAGUUAGACUCUGGAAAACAACAUAUUUUGUACUUUUAAUCUUGGUAGAUGGUACUGUCAUCAGCAGAUGGGUUAGUUCUUCACCCAGUCCAGGCAAUAAUGGCUAGAGAAUGACUUCCUUUCGUAGUUCCUGUUGAGGGGUGUAGUUUGGGUAAACUCGUAACGAUGGUUCUUGGGGAUUUCGGCAUUCCAAACUGUGAAUAAAAAUAAUAAUUCACAACCUCAUCUGUUGUCGCACAAAGCCUUUCUCCAAGCAGUUAGACGUAGAGACAGUAGAUGGAUCAUGAUACAAUACAUUUUCUCCUGUGUUCAUGAAUUAAUAUUUUUUUCUGUUAUUUCAAGAGAGUAUUCUCAUUUAAUACUGUGAUAAAAGCUUGUGAACAUUGACAGUUUUACACCGGCCUAAUGGUUUUAGGAGAAACAUCUGGAACGUAGUUUUUAGCGUAUCCAUGGGAGAGCUUGUUUUUUCAUUAUUUUGUUGAGCCUGCACAUUUGUCAAACUAUUAAUGUUAGCCAUUCGGUUAAUAUGAACACUGACUUUUUAUUGAGUAUUAGAGAAUCAAUUAGAGAUUUCAACAUGGAUUGAUGUGAAGUUUGCAGUAUGAUGUGACUCAUGUGCCAAUUCUGUUGGCAUCUCAGUUUCACAUAAGCCACUGGAUUGACAAAGCCGACCCAAGAAUCACAUUAAAACCUUUUAACAGGUUGUACAGUUUGUAGAGAGACAUGAUUAUAUCAAAACUUUUCACAGAGGUUUCAUGUUUCAUUUUACCCUUGAACACAGUUUUUCACGGUUGAGCUUGAGUUAAUAUAUUUUUUCAGAAAUUGUAGUUGGACUAGACUGCUGCCACUGUUUAAUGUAGUGGCUUCCUUGUUUUUUACCUAAAUUUGAAUGCAUGUCCCUUUUGUUUAGUGCAUACUGUAAAAUAUUACUUGUAAUUGUUUAAACCAAUGAAAUCAUUUUGUUGUAAGAAAAACA